GCCAGGAUAAGCCACUCAGAGUGAACCUGCACCAGCCGGUGGGGAUGCAGCUCUCUUCAGCCUGAAGGUGGGUCGGGAGGGUCCAGGCAAGCUGGGUCAGGCCAGCGGCAGCCGGGACGUGACUGCAGGGUGGCAGGAACAGCAGCCAUUGGGCAUCUGAAGGACGACGGGCCCCCUCAAAGGAACACCAGCCACUCAGCCACUCAGGACUGUGAGACUGAUUAGUGUUUGUCAAGGGUCAGAGACACAUCUGUGAAGGGCACGGAGCUAGGAAGUGACUUGCAGGAGGCCCACUGAUGUGAGGACUGUCUUGGUCGGAGGACGCUGACUUAAGCUCCUGCUGGGCACCGAGACCACCCGCCACCAGAAGCAUCUGACCCACUCCACUGAAUCAACCAGGCCUCCUAGAGUGAGAAGACCUAACCAAGGCAGGCAGAUGGCUUCAACUGGCCUUGAACUCCUGGGCAUGACCCUGGCUGUGCUGGGCUGGCUGGGGACCCUGGUGUCCUGUGCCCUGCCCCUGUGGAAAGUGACUGCCUUCAUUGGCAACAGCAUCGUAGUGGCCCAGGUGGUGUGGGAGGGGCUGUGGAUGUCCUGUGUGGUGCAGAGCACAGGCCAGAUGCAGUGCAAGGUGUACGACUCGCUACUGGCGCUGCCCCAGGAUCUGCAGGCAGCCCGAGCCCUCUGCAUCAUCGCCCUUCUGCUGGCUCUGCUUGGCCUCCUGGUGGCCAUCACAGGCGCCCAGUGCACAACCUGCGUGGAGGAUGAAGGUGCCAAGGCCCGCAUCGUGCUCACAGCGGGAGUCAUCCUCCUUCUCUCGGGCAUCCUGGUGCUCAUCCCCGUCUGCUGGACCGCGCAUGCCAUCAUCCAGGACUUCUACAACCCCCUGGUGGCAGAGGCCCUCAAGCGGGAGCUGGGAGCCUCCCUCUAUGUGGGCUGGGCAGCGGCUGCCCUGCUCAUGCUGGGAGGGGGCCUCCUGUGCUGCACCUGUCCCCCGCCCCAGAUCGACCGGCCCCACGGACCAAGACUGGGCUACUCCAUCCCCUCUCGCUCUGGUGCAUCUGGGCUGGACAAAAGGGACUAUGUAUGAGGUGGAGAAUAUCCCUGGAAGCCUGCUGCUUAGAACCUUGACCUUUUGCUGGGUGCCUAAUCCUUGCCUGGUACUGUCCACCCCUCCCCUAGCUGAAACCCACUUUCCAGAUGCUCAAGCCAGGCCUGGCUGCAAGGCUAGUCUCAGCGGGCCUGGCUGAGUCUAGACCC